ACACUCAAUCCUUCUCUGUUGGUCCGUCACUCUCUCCUGCGACAGCAACACUUUUGACUUGCUCUCUCUUCUCUUUGCCUCUUUGUCUUUUACAGCUCGAAUCUUUUAGAAUUAGAAAUGGAAGACGACGUUGCAGCUUUGGUUGUUGAUAACGGAUCCGGUAUGUGCAAAGCCGGUUUCGCUGGAGACGAUGCUCCCCGAGCUGUUUUCCCCUCUAUCGUUGGACGCCCUCGUCAUCAGGGUGUCAUGGUCGGUAUGGGACAGAAGGACUCCUAUGUUGGAGACGAGGCUCAGAGCAAGAGAGGUAUCCUAACCCUCAAAUACCCCAUCGAGCACGGUAUUGUCACCAACUGGGAUGACAUGGAGAAGAUCUGGCAUCAUACCUUCUACAACGAGCUCCGUGUUGCUCCCGAGGAGCACCCCGUUCUCCUUACCGAGGCUCCACUCAACCCUAAAGCCAACCGUGAGAAAAUGACCCAGAUCAUGUUUGAGACCUUCAACACUCCAGCUAUGUACGUUGCCAUCCAGGCUGUUCUGUCUCUCUAUGCUCCUCCUGAGCGUAAGUACAGCGUAUGGAUUGGAGGUUCCAUCUUGGCUUCUUUGUCCACCUUCCAACAAAUGUGGAUCUCCAAGCAGGAGUAUGAUGAAUCAGGUCCAUCCAUUGUUCACCGCAAGUGCUUCUAGAGAGGGCCAGCAACUCUUAGUUUCCAUGCAUUUAACUUAUAUAAAACUUUCUUCAUUUUACUUUUAAGACAAUAGAGUGUGAUUUUCUUUGAUUUAGAUCUCCUGUACCUAUUAUUAUUAAUUAUUAUUAUUAUUCUUGUGUCCAGGCUAUUAGAAAUGCAUACAUUUUUUUGUAUUGUAGCCAUUUUAAAAGUUUGUUAAAAUUUAA